CUCGCACCCGUCACAAAUCGCCCGUAGCCCGCUCCCUUUGUUUAAGGGGCGCCCGCAACAAAAUUGCGCUUGCGGAAACGGAAAAGCCUUCCACCGCCGCGGUUCCAGCUCGCUGCCAACACCUUACCAGUGCGCCCCUCAGGUGGGUUUAGGAUAAGAUGGCAUUGGCUCCCCUUCCCGCCCCGCGAGGCACGAUAAUUUCCCUGACAGUAUGGAUUAUACAAACUGCCGCCCUCCCGGAAAAGCCCGGGCAAAGGGAAGCGCGAAAGCCGAACCGCGACCGUGGCAAUCGAUUCGGGAGUAUUGUUGAUUUGCCACCCCGAGUGUGUGUGUUUUGUUUUGUUUAGGUCAUCCCCCUCCCUGCCUGCCUGUGCCAAUUCCAGCCGUAGCACGUUCCCUCAGGGCAACGGGCCCUAGUAAAGCGCAAAGUGCUGCUACGAUACAAUCAUAAACUGUGCAUAGAAAUGUCUGCUGCUGGUACUAUCCACAGCUCAUAACUGGGGUACCAACUCCUUCCCCUUUCCUACCUAUUCCAGCAUAGCCCAUAAAUCAGCCCAUCGGAGGUUUCGCUCGUUCGGAUGGAGCUGGAGCAGGGGCCUAAGCCUCAAUUCCUGCGCUCAGCGCAACUCAAUCCAUCGGAAUGGUGGAUCGAUUACGACGAAACUCCCAUUCGCCCCCUCUCUCUCUCUCUCUCUCUCUCUCUCUCACACACACACACUAUCUCAUUCACUCACUCUCCUUUUUUUGUACCAGUCCAAAGGCAAGGUGGACCAACAUUUUGCACAUACACACAGGACACCAAAAAAAAAAAAGCCCGCCUCCAGGGAGUCACAAACAAGGCGAGGCAUAACGAGCAGUGUGCAAUAAAUAGGCAGAAGAGUGUUUUGACUUUUCACGGGGGCUGCGGCAGACGGGGGCUGCAGGUGAAGAGGGGCGAACGGUACCGCAUUCUGCCGAUAGAAAUGGGUCCGCCCGGACCCGGAAGCAGCUCAUUCGGCGAUUGCCCGUUGGCGAAUGCAGGAGGCCAACGAGUGUCUAUAUAUAUAUAUGUGUGUGUGUGUGUGUGUGGUAAUGUGGAUUUUGUGCACGAGUCCAGCUUCACAGUGAGAGUGCGUGCCGGGUCGGAGCAGUGUAAAGUAGCGCUGGAGUCCAGAUCGCGUGCUCCCGAAGGCUCCCAAAAGCAACCGAUUCCAAGACGUUUGUGUGUGGCGAAUCUGCGGAACCCUCCAAGCAGCUGUAUCAAUAUGGGGCUGCUGUAGUUGCCUGCUACCUGUGUGUCUGAGUCCGGUGCGUCCAGUCGACGUGUGAUCGGCGUACGAUUCGAUGUGUUCAUCUGCCAUCAACCAUGGCCUACGAAGUGCAACCCUGGAGCUCGACGACGCACGCAACGCAUAACAUGGAGCAGAUCUCUGGGCCGCCGGCCAAAACUGGCACGUUCUACCAGACGCCCCGGUCGCACCCGUGGCGCCCGACGAUGGGGUACGAGGCGGUGGAGGUGACGCCGCUGCACGAGCAGCCCAUCACCAACCAGCUGGUGGCGUCCUCCUACUCCCCGUCCGGCAUGUGCUCGGAUCCGGUCACCUUCCCGAACCUGGUGACCGGGUUCGAGCGGAACCCGCAGCACGCGGCCCGGGCCGCCCUCUACACGCGCUACACCCCGAACGAGUGGACGACCUCGAACGUCUGCACGUACGCGGACGCGGACAAGAACCGCAACUACUCGGAGAAGGUGCGCUCCGAGGCGGUGCGGUUGAUGCGCGAAACGGACGAGAAGACGUCGCAGGGGCAGCGGGAUGCGGCCCGCCGGCUCGGCGAGCGCAUCACCGACAUUACGUUCUGGCGCAACGAGCUGACGACCGAGCUGGAGAAGCUGAUCGCCGAGUCGGCCCAGCUGACCGACACGAAGCGCAAUGUGCAGAAGGCGCUGCAGGACCUGGAGCCGCCGCUCCACAUCGCCCAGGAGUGCCUGUACCAUCGGGAGUCGCGCAAGGGCAUCGAGCUGGUGCACGACCACGUGGAGAAGAGCCUGCUGGUGGAGGUGGACAACCUGCGGGCGAGCCAGGAGAAGCUGUCGCAGCUGCUGGCGAAGAUUACCAAGCAGCUGGCGGACUGCCGGGCCGCCCAGCACUCGCUCGAGGAUGACAUCAGCCACAAGGAGUCAGCCCUCGGGAUCGAUUCCAUCUGUCACCAGCUCAACAACUAUAGCCGGGGCAUUAACUACUACGGCGGGAUCGAGAAGUACGAUCCGACGGUUAGCACGCCCGGCACGUGGUCCGGUUCGAGCAGUACGCGCAUUAACAACUCGCACUCGGAACGGUCGAAAUCCUGCCAGCUGCGCAGUGACGCCGAGUCACUCAUCAACGCUGUCGCCACCUCCGUCUGGGACUGCUGGAGCAACACGAACAACGCGUUCAACAACCGCGCCUCCGAAAUGCUGGAAGCAAAGAGCAAGAUGCAACUACAUCUGCACAAGACCCAGCAGGAGAUCUUCGACGUGGAGAAGCACAUCGAGCUGCUGCGGAAGGCGAUCAACGACAAAUCAAACCCGAUGAAGGUGGCCCAAACUCGGCUGGAGGCCCGCGCCCACCGCCCCGGUAUCGAGAUGUGCCGCGACAACGCUCACCUGCGCCUGGUGGAGGAGGUGUGCACGAUUCAGGACUCGGUGGCGACGCUGCACCGCAAGCUGCAGGAGGCCGAGGCGCAGCACCAGCAGCUGCUGCGCACCAAGUCGCAGCUCGAGAGCAACCUGAAGCAGAAGGUGGACGCACUGUUUAUCGAUCGCGAAAAGUGCAUGGGGCUGCGGCGCUCCUUUCCCGUGAACAACACGAUCAAAUAUUGAAACAGCAAAAUGGUACCCUGACCUGAGCGUCACUGAGCGGGGAAUUUCCAGCAAAAAUAUAUUUGUCAUGCGGGGCGCGGUAGAGCUUCGGUCGAUCGGUCGUUUACGAGUGCCCCAUCCCCGUCUUGGCUAACUCGUCAUUUGUCUCACUGCUUCUACUUAUACAUAUAUAAAUACAACGUAGUCGAACCAAACAACCCAAACACAGCAAGUAACAACAAACGUAUCUUAUCACACGAGUAGCGCUCUGGAUAGCGAUAGAUGUACUGCCGCAGGUGUUGCGCCAUAAAACGCGCUCGAAGCAAGCAAUAAAGGUCCCACACGUCGUUGAAGUUGUUAGAUUUGCCAGACAAAA